GUUGUUGCAGAUGAGCCUUGGCCGUAUGGACUGGUGGGCGAUGAGAAGUCCUAUGCCCGUCAGUUGGAUGGCAACUUCUUCGCUGAUGUCAAGAACGGUAGCUUGUUCCUUCAAGCUUUGGAGGAAGAUGCCCGGGAGAAGCAGGUGGAUGCAGAUGCUCACCUUAAAAGUGUCCGUCUUAACGCCAAGAACUUCAUGAAGGGAAGCACGAUAGUCGACCGGCAAGCACCAGACGGAAACAGGACAAUCCUGCUGGUUGACAUGCGGGACAUGCCUGCAAGAGAUUUUUACGAGGCCACGCUUUCAGUGGCAAGUAAGCAGACCAAUGUUCUAGACAUCCUUGCGCAUCUGCCACUCUUUGGAAAACGGUUUCGUGCUGGACCACAGUCCCGAGUCUGGCGGUUCAUCCAGCAACUGCCCUUCAUGGCGACCCUGCUUGGGGCUUUGCGAGCUGGAAAGGCAACAGCGGCUGCGCCAUUAGCAAUGGCCGUUCAAAACUUGGUGAAAUCCCUGGACAACGACGACAAGGCACAGGCUUUGCCCGAGUUGGUCAAGGGCAUAGCGAAGAAGAGCAUCGACACCACCGUCAUCAUCGACGAAGCAAACCUGGCGCUCCCCAAGGACGGCAACGAUGCCAAAGCAGAGACAGCCAAGGCCGCUUUAGCUCAAAUCACAGGCAACACCAAGCAGAGCCGGUCUCCACCUAGUCGACAUCAAGCACAUUAUCAUCGCUCGGAAGUGCCGCCAAACGACAUGUUCAAGAUGCUCACCGGCCACUGGGGCAUGGGGCCGAGACUGGCGUGCCUCUACGUGGCCACCUACGGCGGUUCUAUUGACGCAGUCUACACCGCUCUGGGCAACCUGAUGAACAAGCGCAACCAGUUCUCUCCGCUGGCCACUACAUCCGUUCCGGGCAUAGGCAUUUGCUUGGGUCAGGAUGACGCCCGCGAGCGACUCAUCAAUAUCGCACUGAAUGGCUUUUCGCCUGUGUCCAACUUGAAGCAGGAUGAGGGUGCACAGAUGGCAUCAGAAGAGAACGUCGCGGGCAUCAUCCCCAAGAUGGCAGAAGCGCCGGGUCUGUGGCCCGAGGUUUACCGCGAGACCGAGAAGGAGUACGUCCUGGUGGCCUCCUCGCGCCACGUGCGAUUGAAGAUUUGCAAGGCGCUCCUUGACGAGGGCUACAUCCAGAACAGCGGUGGCAACUUAGCGAGG